AAGUGGUCAAUUCAUUGCAGCGGGAAUUCCAAUAUCCAUUGCGGCUAAGUAGAACUAGCCGAAGUCUGUCAAAUGUGUUGAAAUCGAAAGUGAGGCCGUUUGUGUACAAGAAGAAUGUGACAAACAGUAUAGUUUAUAGUUAGUGAACUAAUCGUGCAACAUAGCGAGAAUAAGUGUUUUUUCCGGGAAAACAAUGACAUAUUUGUUGAACAGGUGAAUGCUGACUCACCCAGUAUACGUAUGACCGCCUGAGCAUAGAAUCGUGCAAUGUCGCAGUCUUUUCUAUUGUGCUGCGUUACCUUGAUAUGGUGUGCCUCAAGGAUCGUUUCCAACCCGACUACUGCGAAAUACACCUAUAACUCUUCAGAUUUGUCUUAUUUAUCUAAUGGAAUACAGUUUCCCGUUGACCUGGAGAUGCAAGCUCUAGUCCAACAAACAGACUAUGAGGAAGUAUCACAAAACCAGUGGUUUUCAAGGCUUUAUGACCACUAUGGUUGGUGGAGGAAUUUGAGGAAGAUCGAGGAUUCACCGUGUAAAGAGGAUAUGGCGAUCUAUUUGGCAAAACUAGAUAAUGGUACAUCUUGGGCUCUGAAGAUGUUCGACGCAUCAGGAAGGUACUCUGGUCAAUUCUUCUUUGGAAACGAUUAUUGGCUGGGUUCUAAAACCCUCUGUGAAGAAUUAGCUAAUGUCGAGACAAACAGCGAGGUACCACCUUUCGAUGUCCAGUUUUAUGUCGCCAAAAUCAGGAUCAAUCUCAACAAGAUCGAUACUCCAGUGACUCGUCAACUCAACUUGGGCGAAUGCCUGCCCAAAUCUUGCGGGGUAGGUGGUACACGCACCCUAUUGGCCCAGGAAAACAACCAAGCGGCCUCCCUGAAUAUCGUGGGGGUUAGAAAAGUGCCGGGAGAUUAUUCUCUGCUCUCCGACUUGAAAGUUCACCUCGUAGGUGGAUACGGCUUAGUGGUGCUCUUCCUGAUCAUAGCAGCUUCGUUCGUGGAAUUUUUCAACGCUAGACGUUCAAAAACCGAGGAAAUUUAUUCAACUGCAGAAAGCAACAACAACUCGAAAUACAGUAGCACCAAAGACAGUCUCAACGGCAGCAGCGAAAUCAGCUUGGGCUGUGAAAAGAGCGAAAAGAAGAAGAAGAAGAAGAAGAACGGUAUCCCUCUGAGACUGCUGCUUUCCUUCUCAGCUAUAAGCAAUGGGAAAAAAAUCAUCUCCGUCGAGAAACCUUCUCUGGAGUCUAUACAUUGCAUCCACGGACUGAGAUUCUUCUCGAUAAGCUGGAUCAUAUUGGUUCACAGCUUUCUGGAAGUUUUCGCGGUCUCAGACAAUAAGAACUACCGAAUUUUGACAGAGAGGUCUUUCACCUACCAAACUAUAUCGAAUGCAACUUUCUCUGUCGAUACUUUCUUCUUCAUAAGCGGUCUUCUCGUCACCCUUACCUACUUCAGGACGGAGUAUCCCAAACACCAAGCCGCUAACAGCGAUCUCCAAGCCAGCUGCACCUGCUUCAGAACCAGUCUGGCCAAGUUCCUCUGGAUGAUCGUUUACAGGUUCUUCAGGCUCACUCCCCCCUAUCUUUUCGUGUUGGGGGUGAACGAGAUCGUGAUGAGAUAUUUGCACUCGAACUCGGUGUUUUCUCCGGCUAUUAUAGAUCACGUGAGCUGCGACAGCUACUGGUGGAGGAACGUGCUGUACAUCAACAAUUUCUUUCCCCAGCACGAGUUCUGUAUGCUGUGGUCCUGGUAUAUAGCUAAUGAUACGCAGUUUUACGUGAUAGCUAGCUUUUUGCUGGUGAUUGCUGUUAGGGGCCCCAAACACCUCAAAUUCGCCUCGAUCCUCCUAGCCAUUCUAUUAGCCACCUCUUGGAUAGUCACCUUCCUCAUAGCCUUGGAAUGGCAGUACACGGCGAGGGUAGAAGAGCCCUUCGCCCUUUUCGACCAGCUCUACGACAAACCCUGGCUGCGCAUAGGGCCCUAUCUGGUGGGCAUGAUGGCCGGCUACGGUCUUUUCAGGAUGAAGUCCCGUUUGGGGAUGCCCCGCCACUUGGUGGCGCUGGGGUGGUGCCUUGCGGUGGUGUGUUUGGGGUGUCUGGUGUACGGCCUGGGCAGGAAGGGGUUGGUCGUACCUGCGUCGGCGUUUUAUGCUGCUCUGGGCCAUUCCGCCUGGGGCCUAGCGCUGGCAUGGAUCACAGUGGCGUGCUGCACGGGCAACGGAGGCCCGAUAAACGGGUUGCUCAGCUUCAAGCUCUUCCUGCCGCUCAGCAGGCUCACCUAUUGCGCCUACUUGAUCCACCCGGUGCUGAUGUGCUUCACCAGCUUCUACAUGGACGGGCCCAUGCAUUUGCAUCGAAUUAUGGCGAUCGUCGUUUUUUGUGGAAAUUUGGUUCUAUCAUUUCUGAGUGCAUUUAUUAUCUCCUUAGCAUUCGAGGCUCCUGUAGUGAAUCUCUUGAAGAUAGUUUUUUCCUGAGCUAUGUAUAUUAUGUAUAUUGUUACCAAUAAAAUGUGUAGAUAUCCGAAUAUAGUCGAAAUAAAAUUGAAUAUUUU